AUGGUCUCUCAACAUUCUCUUCCAAGACAACAGUACUCACAGCACAUUUCGAACACUUGGGCGAACAUGGCAUUCGGUGUUCUAGAGUCCAAAUUGGAUUCAUGUCCAUCAGGGUCUACCAACAUCCAAAGUGACUUGAGUAAUGCUGGAAUGGAAUCGCACAUGGAGCGGGUACCACGGCCGUCUGACUCGCCCUUGGAUCCUCUGAAUUGGCCCCGAGCUCGAAAGGAAUUACUGUUUGCUACCAUAGUCCUCGGAUCAUGCGCCACAGGGUCACUAGGUCCUGUUUUGGUUCCUGGCUUUACAGCCGUGGCCCAUGAGCUACAAGUCAGUGUCGGACAUAUAACCCUUCUCAACGGCGCUCUGGUCAUGGCUCUAGGUGUAAGCGCAUACCUUUGCUCUUCCUCUACUGCUAUAUUUGGGAAGCGCCUCGUCUAUAUAUUUACCACUUUAUUGGAUAUGAAAGCUAACAGCUCGACUAAAGGCUUAGGAAUGGGCGGAUUCUUUGCCUUGGCCGGCACAGCGUCUAUAAACGAGGUGUUCUUUGUUCAUGAGCGUGGGCUACGCGUUGGUCUCUGGAACUUUGGUGUCAUCACCUCAGUAAAUCUUACACCUGUGAUAAGUGGAUAUGUUAUCUCCAAUUUGUCAUGGAGAUGGAGCUUUUGGCUUGAGGCAAUCAUGUUUGGAGUUGUACUCAUGGCGGUAUUUGCCCUUUUUCCUGAGACAACAUUCGAACGAGCUAGCGUUUCCUCGGUUCAUCCGGAAUCUGCGGCCUUGGAAAAUAAAGGAAAUCAGGUCUCUAUGGGCUCUGCCAGUUCCCCGGAUCUGCAGCUUGUUGUGUGGCGAUCUAUACUACGUCUUCAACUGGUGCAGGUACCAGGGACUAGGGAUUUUUUGACAAAUAUCGUCCAGCCUCUGGCUCUGCUGCUUCAUCCGAUCGUGAUUCGCGGUUCUCUGAUGUGGGCAGUCACUUUCACCUGGACCAUUCUUCUGGGGGCUGUUGUUUCCCAGAUUUUCACCCCGUUUCCAUACGGCAUGGACACCAUUGCGGUCGGCAACUUGUCUGGCAUCGCACCUUUCAUAGGAUCAGCCUUGGGAACUGUGAUAGGUGGCUAUGUCUGUGACUUUUGUGCGGUAUAUCUGGCGAACCAUAAUGAUGGAUAUUACGAGCCUGAAUUUCGUCUCAUCGUCAUCCUUCCAGCUACCAUCACCAUGGCCAUUGGCACCUUUGGACUCGGUGCGGCUAUUCACAAUGCACUCCCCGCCACUGUCUGCGGUGUUUUCAUGGCCAUCAUCAACUUUGCUGUUGGCCUCGGGUGUACUGCUAUCGUGGGAUAUACCAAUGAUGCUUGCGGUCAUAGGACCAGUGACGUAUUCGGUAUCGCCAUGGUGAGCACAACCUACCCAAAAGUCCUUCCCCUGCCUCACGUACUAAGUUUUGUCAUAGGUCGUGAAAAGCGCCUUCACUUUGGCCUUUCUUUUGUUUUCAAUGAUUAUUGUACAAACUAUGGCCCGCUCAUCUUUUUUUCGACUUUUGGUGCUCUUACAGUCGGCAUCAUGCUUACUAGUCUUCCAAUGUAUUGUUUUGGAAAGAGAAUUCGAGCUUGGGCAGACCGCCGCAACAUUUUGCAUUAG